AGAGAAAGAGUUUCUAACACAGAGAGAACGGAGCGUGUGGGGAAACACUAAGUGGGAAUACAGGCGAAAACGAAGGGCGAUGGGGACAAUGGAGAUUGCUACGGGUGAGAAUGAGAAGGCAAAGCUCAACAAGUACGCACUCGCUUGUGCUAUAGUGGCUUCAUUGAUCAACACUAUAUUUGGUUAUGACACGGGUGUAAUCAGCGGAGCCAAUAUCUUCAUAAAAGAAGAUCUCAAACUCAAAGAUACCCAAAUCGAAGUUCUUGCCGGAACCCUAAAUUUAUGUGCUCUGGUGGGUUCGGCCUUGUCUGGUAGAACCUCUGAUAUGAUCGGCCGACGUUACACAAUCGUCGUAGCAUCUGUUAUUUUUAUGGUCGGUGCAGUCCUAAUGGGUUUCUCUCCUAACUUCGCAAUCCUCAUGACCGGACGUUGCAUUGCCGGGGUCGGAGUGGGCUUUUCUCUAAUGAUUGCACCGGUUUACUCGACUGAAAUAUCCUCUUCUUCACACCGUGGAGCUCUUUCUUCUCUCCCUGAGCUAUGCAUUAGCAUUGGAAUCUUACUAGGUUACAUCUCUAAUUUUGCCUUUUCGAAGCUGCCAUUGAAGCUUGGAUGGCGUAUGAUGCUAGGUAUCGCCGCCAUUCCUUCAAUUGGUUUAGCUUUAGGAAUCCUUUGGUUGCCGGAAUCUCCGAGGUGGUUGGCAAUGCAAGGAAGACUCAAGGAUGCUAAGGAGGUAUUGUUGUUGGUUUCUGAUUCAAAAGAAGAGGCGGAAUCAAGGUUUAGCGACAUCAAAGUAGCUGCAGGGAUCGACGAGAAGUGUAACGAAGACGUAGUGACUCCGGCGAAGACUGCUUCCGGUGCCGGAGUUUGGAAAGAGCUCUUGAUAAGGCCAACACCGACCGUUCGUCGGAUAAUACUUGCUGCAUGGGGGAUCCACUUCUUUCAGCACCUUACAGGUAUAGAAGCCGUGGUCUUGUAUAGUCCAAGAAUCUUCAAGAAAGCUGGGGUUAUGGACAAGCAGAAGCUCUUGCUUGCAACAAUAGGGGUUGGGGUUACAAAGGCAAUCUUCAUCUUGGUUGCUACCUUCAACCUGGACAAGUUUGGGAGGAGAAGACUGAUGCUGACAAGUGUUUUAGGUGUAACUACAGCACUAACAGUAUUAGGGUUUUCUUUGACCAUGGUGCAUUUCUCCACAAGGCAGCUUUAUUGGGCUCUCUGUCUUAGUAUUAUCUCCACAUAUAAAUAUGUGGCUUUCUUCUCUAUUGGGCUUUCAACCGUUACAUGGGUUUAUACUGCAGAGAUAUUCCCCUUAAGGCUUAGGGCACAAGGAGCUAGUAUUGGGGUGGCUAUUAAUAGAGCUAUGAAUGCUGCAAUUUCUAUGAGUUUCAUAUCUAUCUAUGAAGCUUUAACCAUUGGUGGUGCUUUCUUUAUGUUUGCUGGGUUUGGAGCGUUGGCCGCAUUGUUCUUUUACUUCUUUAUGCCUGAAACUAAGGGAAAGGCUUUGGAAGAAAUUGAGAUGUUAUUUACCCCAGGAGGCUCUAAAGCUAGACAUGGAACGACUGAAGAAGAGCUCUAA